CUCUAGUAUUCAGAACUCGGUCACACUGCGUCUUGAUUUUUCAUUUGGAAGUGCUGUACACUUUUUGGCCGUGAAAGCGAAAAACUGACAAAUAGCACCUAAAGUUGCUCUAAUAUUGCAAAUUAAACAUACAAUAAUGGCGGAUUUGAACGACUCCAAUGGAAACUAUGACGACUGCGACGAGAUCACCGAGCCGGAGCAGCUGCGCAAGCUGUUUAUCGGCGGUCUGGACUACCGCACCACGGACGAUGGCCUGAAGGCGCACUUCGAGAAAUGGGGCAACAUCGUCGACGUGGUGGUGAUGAAGGACCCCAAGACUAAGCGCUCGCGCGGUUUCGGCUUUAUCACUUACUCGCAGUCAUACAUGAUCGACAACGCCCAGAACGCUCGCCCACACAAGAUCGACGGACGCACCGUGGAGCCGAAGCGGGCUGUGCCACGCCAGGAGAUCGAUGCCCCUAAUGCCGGUGCCACCGUGAAGAAACUCUUUGUCGGCGGUCUGCGCGACGACCACGAUGAAGAGUGCCUGCGUGAAUACUUCAAGGACUUUGGCCAGAUCGUUAGCGUGAACAUCGUCUCCGACAAGGACACAGGCAAGAAGCGUGGCUUCGCCUUCAUCGAGUUCGAUGAUUACGAUCCCGUGGAUAAGAUCAUCCUGCAGAAGAACCACACCAUCAAGAACAAGAACCUGGACGUGAAGAAGGCGAUUGCCAAACAAGACAUGGACCGCCAGGGCGGCGGUGGUGGAGGAGGAGUCGGUGGCGGUCGUGGCGCUCCUGGAGGUCGGCCAGGUGGUGGUCGUGGGGGCGAACGCGGUCAGGGUGGCGGCGGCGGUGGUGGCUGGGGAGGCAACAACCGCCAGAACGGUGGCGGAAACUGGGGAGCCGGCGGCGGGGGCGGCGGCUAUGGCAACAACAGCAACUUUGGAAGCGGCGGCCAAGGUGGAGGCUCGGGUGGUUGGAACCAGGGCAGUAGCGGCGGUGGCGGUCCGUGGAACAGCCAGGGAGGCGGUAACAGUGGCUGGAACAAUGGUAGCAGCGGCGGCGGCUAUGGUGGCGGCGGCAGCAAUGGCAACUGGGGCGGAAACGGAGGAGGUGGCGGCGGCUUCGGCAACGACUACCAACAGAGUUACGGCGGCGGACCACAGCGCAACAACUUUGGUAACAACCGUCCAGCUCCGUACAGCCAGGGCGGCAGUGGUGGUGGCGGCUUCAACAAAGGCAACCAGGGUGGAGGACAAGGCUUUGGCGGCAAUAACUACAACACUGGAGGCGGCCAGGGUGGCAUGGGCGGCGGCAAUAGACGUUACUAGACAAGGUAAACACACGUAGAGAGAGAGGGAGUGUCAGUUCAAGCUAGACAAACAGGCAGUCUAGGCAGGCAGAGGCACAGGCAGUGGCAGUGGCACACUCUCAGGCAGGAAAUCAGCGACAGGUGUGGUUGUCAGGCGAGGCAGACAAUAUCAGACCCAGUCCCCAAGCGCAGUUCCCGAACCAGGCCGAGUGCAAAUGCAAAAACAAAAGCAAACAAAGAAAAAAAAAAACAGUUUU